UUGAGACAUUAUUCGGCCAAAAAGAGACAUAAACUAAUGAUUGCCAUUUGCAAAAGUAUAAUACGCGACGAGAACCGCGGGGCCACUCAUUUCAUCUCUUCCGUAGAACUGGGAGCAAAAAUUUACCGAACCAAAAAGGUCACGAUUUCUCACGCGACAGCCAAGUUUUUGAUGAAAGCAGGGUUACAGGCUUCGAAUGCUGCUGGACUAGAUGUUGCCUUUAAGGACGAACAUUUGGCUCUUGCUUCUAAUUACGAAAGUCGCAUGUUUGCUACAGUAGAUCCCAGAGUGAAAAUGGACGGGGCAAAGACGGUAGUAAGUGCAGAACAUGAGAGAGUCAUUGCGUAUGAUGUGCGACCCGUGUGGGUACUGGUAAGUGAUCCAGACUGGCAGAGAGCAAUGAAAGAGGCGUCCUUGCAGUAUGUGAAAGAAGAGCUUGAUCACUCACGCCCGGUGAUUGCUUCAGGUGGACCAUUUAUGAUCGAAGCUGGAAGCUACCGUUUGAGACGCACUAGAACACGGCAGCUUCAAACUCAACGGAACAAGAAAAUCCAUGAAAUCCUGGAUUAUGGCGACAUCGACAGCGUGAGAGUAAAAGCAGCUGACAAGAGCACCAUCGAAACGGCUAACGUUACAUACGAAUUUUUUAUUGAGGUUCCGCGUUACAACUGCUCAGAAUUGUUUAUCAACGACUCUGAUGACGAUAGCGAUCCUAUGGACGAUCCAGACUUUGGAUUUUACAUCUACUGUAAGGUAAACGGCGUCAAGCUAUUUUUGUGCUCAGACGUGAAAGACGAGAGCAAAAUUUGUCUCGUCACCAGCGUUCCGCAUCCCAACGCUUACGCUCGAUUCUACGUGGAGUUUCCUAGUACGCGCCGUCUCGCUCCCGUUUCUCGUUGGGCAAAGGAUUCAUUGCAUCUGUUGAGAAAGACUGCCUAUUUGAGACGUCGUCAGUAUCUUAUUAUUGAUACAGAGACUCGAGAGUUGUCGUUUGUCUCUGGAAGCGCACUUCUUAGUAAUCAGAGAGCAAUGUGUCAGUUUGCUGUAGAAAAUAUGCUCAUGAAACCAGACAGCGACGAAGAAAUUAUCGAGACUUCGUUGUAAGUAGAAUUUAUUGGUAUCAUGCACUUGCUGUAGGAGGCCACAUCAAUUACGAUUUGUUUGACAGCUUUAGCUAGUCUUAAUCCUUUUUGUGUUAAUUCACUCUUUAGCAAAUUUUUGUGUCUUUGUCUUGAUAACAAUGCAAUAUAAGAUAAGUACAAAUGACUAUGUCUUUGUAU